AAUCUUCACCGGCACGCAAUGCAUCUAUCAAUAAUGAUAAAAUAGUCUUUUAAAUAAGACAGCCUCGUCACAGCCGCUGGAUUGGGUCAUAAUAUAAGGGUUAGGGUUAUCUUAACAUAACUAACGUGUCUGUUUAGUGGUUUAAUUAAAAAGAUGGAGCAGUAACUGUCUGGAUCCACAAGGUGGCAGCAAUGCAACAGAACCAUAGAAGAAGAAGAAACUACGGUGAGGUGAAAUGCAUGCCGGGAUACCUGUCUUGGUGGAUAAUUUGAAGUGGAAGCUAACGUUAGCAAAAGGAUGCAGAGGUCUGUGUUUAGUUUGUCUCUGAGUCCCAGUGUGAAGAGGAAACUGGUCAACGCUGGUUUCCAGUUCACCAACGACCUGCUGCACCUCAAACCAGUUCAACUCAGUAAAGAAGCCACUCUGUCCGAGCUGGAGGCGCUAGAGGUGCUGCAGGCUGUGAGGAAGGAGGGAGGAGGAGGCGGCGGCGAUGAAGCAGGAGCAUCAUCCUCUCUGACUGCUCUGGAGCUCCUGCAGAAGGAGGAAGAGUUGAGGAGCAUCGUGACGUUUUCUUCUCAGCUGGAUGCUGCUCUCGGAGGAGGACUUCCUCUCGGGAAAACAACAGAAAUCUGUGGAGCUCCAGGAGUCGGAAAAACACAGCUUUGCCUGCAGCUAGCGGUGGACGUUCAGGUGCCUCAGUGUUUCGGGGGGAUCGGUGGUCAGGUAGUCUACAUCGACACAGACGGCAGCUUCUUCCUUCAGAGAGUCGUCGAUAUCGCCGCCGCCGCUGUCCAACACUGCUCCUUAUUGGUCGAAGACGAUGAGCAACAAGUCGCCAUGACGACCUUUACCGUGGAAACCAUCCUGUCCAACACGUUCCUGGUGCGUUGCCAUGACUACGUUGAGCUGCUGGCAGAGCUCCACCUGCUGCCUGACUUCCUGUCUGACCACCCGAGGGUCCGCCUCCUAGUGAUUGACAGCGUGGCGUUUCCGUUCCGUCAGCACUUUGAAGAUCUGUCUCAGAGGACACGCCUUCUCAACGGCCUCGCCCAGCAGCUCAUCGCCAUGGCAACCAGUCACAACAUGGCCGUGUUGAUGACCAACCAGAUGACCACCCGGCUGCGUGGCGGCCAAUCGCAGCAGGUCCCUGCCCUCGGGGAGACCUGGGGCCACGCCCCCACCUCCAGGCUCCUCCUACACUGGGCGGGGUCACGGCGGCUGGCUGCCAUCUUUAAAUCCCCAGAUCACACGGGGGCCACCGUCCAAUACCAGAUCACCUCUGAGGGGUUCAGAGACGUCGACCAAUCGGAGCAGAUGCACACCGUCCAAUCAACGGCGAGCCAGAGAGACACCGGCCACUGAUUGGUCAGAGACCAAAGUUACUGUGAUCAACACGAAAACCAUGUGUAAUAUUUAUGAAUAUUAAUAAAGUCAAACACAAACAAACAUGAGAUCCAGUAAAAAAGAGUAAACAACCAGAAUCAUUAACAGCCUGUCUGUCUCUGCUGUCUCUCUUCCUGUCUCUGCUGUCUCUCUUCCUGUCUCUGCUGUCUCUCUUCCUGC